CAAUGGGGCUUUGCAUGUGAACAAGAGAAUAGACAGAGAUGAGUCCUGUCGGGGCAGCGGCGACUGCCUUGUUGAGCUCAAAGUCAUCGUGGAAAACCCUUUGGAAAUACAUUAUGUAGUUGUAGAAAUCACCGACGUCAACGACCACUCUCCUACUUUUAUUCAAAAAGAGCAAACGUUUGAAAUAGCAGAGCACACGCUGCCAGGGAAGAGAUUCCAGCUGCAUGCAGCACAUGAUCCUGACGCAGGGAUGAACUCCAUACACGCAUACACUCUGACAGCAAAUGAACAUUUUGAAAUUGAUCUACGGCAAAGCGAUGAGGAUAAAAUUCCGUUUUUGGUCCUAAAGAAAUCUCUGGAUCGGGAACAAAAGGAAAAACACUGGCUGCUGGUCACAGCGGUGGAUGGAGGUAAACCUCCACGAUCAGGCUCUCUAAAUGUGUCCAUUAUUGUCCUCGACAGCAAUGACAAUAGACCCAUAUUUAGUCAAGAAAUAUAUCAAAUUACUAUCGCUGAAAAUGUUCAAAUUGGCACUUCAAUAUUUAAAAUGAACGCAACAGAUCCAGAUGAAGGCACGAAUGGAGAAAUUGAUUAUAGUUUUGAAAAAACAUCAAAGAAAAAUGUGUAUAGUAAUUUUGAAAUAGAUAAAUCAUCUGGAAUUAUUAAGGUAAAAGGAAUAAUUGACUAUGAAAAUACAGAUAUUUACAAGCUUGACAUUGAGGCAUCGGAUAAAGCAAUACCUCCACUGACAGGUGAGUGUCGAGUCAUUAUAAAGAUAAGAGACAUUAAUGAUAAUCCACCAACAAUAGAAGUAACAUCAUUGUCUAAUAAAGUACCUGAAGACUCUAAGCCUGGUACAGUUAUUUCCCUCAUUAGUGUGAAGGAUGAAGACUCAGGUGUGAAUGGUAAAAUUAUUUCCACCAUCAUAAAUGAUGUCCCUUUUGAAUUAAAGCCUUCCUACAAGGAAAACAUAUAUUCAGUUGUCACUAAAGAAUAUUUAGACAGAGAGGAGGUGUCACAUUAUGAAAUCACGAUACAAGCAACUGACUGUGGUGAGCCUCCUUUAUCAACGUUUAAAACUCUCAGCAUUCAGAUAUCAGAUGUUAAUGAUAACAGUCCACACUUUGAAAAGAACCCGCUUGAGUUCUACUUGAUUGAGAAUAAUGUGGCUGGUAAUUCUAUUUUUUCUGUAAGUGCCACAGACAAAGAUCUGAAUGACAAUGCAGCUAUUUCUUAUCACAUUGUGAGAGAGGGCCGUCACAAUGACAUCAUGUCUUUCCUCAACAUUAACUCUGAAAAUGGACAAAUAUCGGCUCUAAAAAGUUUUGACUUUGAGAUGCUGAAAAGUUUCCAGUUCCAAGUCGUGGCCACGGACGGUGGAAGUCCUCCACUGAGCAGCAACGUGACAGUGAAGGUGUUCAUUCUGGAUCAGAACGACAACGCUCCAGUCAUCCUGUAUCCAGUCAGCUCCAACGGUUCUGCUGAAGGUGUGGAGGAGAUUCCCCGCAAUAUGAAAGCAGGAGACUUGGUGACUAAAGUCCGAGCCUAUGAUGCUGAUAUAGGAUAUAACGGCUGGUUACUGUUUUCAUUGCAGCAAGUCACUGCCCACAGUCUCUUUACUUUGGACCGCUAUACGGGCCAGAUCAGAACACUUCGCUCCUUCACAGAGACGGACGAGGCUGAGCAUGGACUGCUCAUACUGGUCAAAGACAACGGCAACGUUUCCCUGUCAGCAACAGCUACUGUGACUGUCAAACUUGUGGAGCCCAAAGAGGCUUUUGCAGCUUCUGAUGUCAAACGUGCAGCAGCAAAAGUGGAGGAGGAGGACCACAAUGUGACUUUUUACCUCAUCAUCACUUUGGGCUCGGUCUCGCUGCUUUUUGUCAUCAGCAUCAUCGUGCUGAUCGCCAUGCAGUGCUCCAAAUCCACAGAGUACACUUCCAAAUAUCUCCAAGACGCUAAUUAUGAUGGGACACUGUGUCACAGCAUCCAGUACAGAUCAGGAGACAAACGCUACAUGCUAGUUGGACCCAGAAUGAGUAUAGGUUCUACUAUAGUCCCGGGCAGCCACGCCAACACUCUGGUGCUCCCUGACAGGAGACACACUUCUUCUGGGGAGGAGCGCCGAAUAAGAAGAACUGGAAGAAGACUGAUAAAAAUGUCUUGGACGCGCCCUCUGCUUUUUUCUCUCCUGCUUUGUUACGGGGAGCUGAUUGCUGCACAGCUGAAAUAUUCCAUUCUGGAAGAGGUGAAAGUCGGAUCUAUUGUUGGGAAUAUUGCCAAGGAUUUGGGCCUGGACGUCAGCUCGUUAACGAGCCGGAGGUUGCGCAUUGUGUCCGGCGCACAGGACGCGCUCUUUGAGGUAAACCCGGACAAUGGGCUUCUGUUUGUGCACAAACGCGUCGACCGCGAGCUGCUGUGCGACAGGAACACCGUGUGUGCGGUGGAUCUCAAAAUGGUCGUGGAGAACCCACUGGAGAUCCACUAUGUCAGCGUGGAGGUGGCAGAUGCCAACGACCAUGCACCCAGCUUCACCGAGAAAGGGAAGAUAAUAGAGAUAGCAGAAAAUACUUUAUCUGGUGCAAGGUUUCAGUUACCAGGAGCGAGAGAUCCAGAUAUUGGAAUUAAUUCGAUCCAGCGCUAUAAAUUAAAUCCGAAUGACCAUUUUCAACUUGAAAUUCGGGAUAGAGGGGAAGAUAAAAUUCCAUUUCUUGUUUUGCAAAGGCAGUUAGACAGAGAGCAGAAAAUUAAUCACAGCUUGGUUUUGUCUGCUAUUGAUGGAGGAUCCCCUUCUAAAUCUGGAACCAUAAAUGUGACAAUCACGGUGCUUGACAAUAAUGAUAACAGACCCAUUUUCUCUAAAGAGGUUUAUUCUGUUGUACUGCAAGAAAACGCCGCAUUAGGCACCACGGUAAUUAAAGUACAAGCUACUGACUUGGACGAAGGAACUAAUGGGGAGGUGGAGUAUGAAUUUGGAGGGGACAUGAAUGCAGAAGUGAUGCGUCUUUUCAGUCUGGAUAAACAAUUAGGAGAAAUUCGAGUCGAAGGACAAAUUGACUUUGAGACAUUUGAUGUUUUCAAGUUAGACGUGCAGGCGUCCGACAAAGGCCAGCCUCCUAUGACAACAGACUGCCGAGUCAUCGUAAAGAUUCAAGAUGUCAAUGAUAACAAACCAGAGAUUGAAGUGACAUCCAUCACCAGCACUGUCCCAGAAGACGCAAAACGUGGGACUGUGAUUGCUCUAGUCAGUAUCACUGAUGUUGACUCAGGUCCUAAUGGUAAAGUCAUCUGCAGCCUGACUGAAAAUGUACCAUUUGAACUAAAGCCGUCCUUUAAAGAAAACAUGUACUCAUUAGUGACUAAAGACGCAUUAGACAGAGAAACAAUAUCAAUGUAUGACAUUUCAAUAACAGCUACUGAUAGUGGUGAACCUCCUCUGUCUGCGGGCAAAACCAUCAGCAUCCAAGUUAAAGAUGUUAAUGAUAACAUUCCGGAAUUUUCACACAACCCCUUAGAGUUAUAUUUGAUAGAAAACAAUAAACCUGGUGCAUCAGUGUUUUCUGUCAAAGCAUUUGAUAAAGACAUGGACAACAAUGCUGCAGUGUCUUAUUACAUAGUCCGACAGGGAGGUCACGCUGAUAUAACAUCUUUCCUCAAUGUCAACUCUGAAAAUGGACAGAUAUCGGCGUUAAAAAGUUUCGACUUUGAGACGCUGAAAAGUUUCCAGUUCCAAGUCGUGGCCACGGACGGUGGAAGUCCUCCACUGAGCAGCAACGUGACAGUGAAGGUGUUCAUUCUGGAUCAGAACGACAACGCUCCAGUCAUCCUGUAUCCAGUCAGCUCCAACGGUUCUGCUGAAGGUGUGGAGGAGAUUCCCCGCAAUAUGAAAGCAGGAGACUUGGUGACUAAAGUCCGAGCCUAUGAUGCUGAUAUAGGAUAUAACGGCUGGUUACUGUUUUCACUGCAGCAAGUCACUGCCCACAGUCUCUUUACUUUGGACCGCUAUACGGGCCAGAUCAGAACACUUCGCUCCUUCACAGAGACGGACGAGGCUGAGCAUGGACUGCUCAUACUGGUCAAAGACAACGGCAACGUUUCCCUGUCAGCAACAGCUACUGUGACUGUCAAACUUGUGGAGCCCAAAGAGGCUUUUGCAGCUUCUGAUGUCAAACGUGCAGCAGCAAAAGUGGAGGAGGAGGACCACAAUGUGACUUUUUACCUCAUCAUCACUUUGGGCUCGGUCUCGCUGCUUUUUGUCAUCAGCAUCAUCGUGCUGAUCGCCAUGCAGUGCUCCAAAUCCACAGAGUACACUUCCAAAUAUCUCCAAGACGCUAAUUAUGAUGGGACACUGUGUCACAGCAUCCAGUACAGAUCAGGAGACAAACGCUACAUGCUAGUUGGACCCAGAAUGAGUAUAGGUUCUACUAUAGUCCCGGGCAGCCACGCCAACACUCUGGUGCUCCCUGACAGGAGACACACUUCUUCUGGGGAGGUAAGAAACACAUUUUGUGUAACAUAA